AUGGAUGUUAUUGUGGCGCUGGUGGCUCCGGGACCCCUGUCGAUGAAGUGGAUCAAUGCUGCCUCGCUCACGACUGUUGUUACCGCCACGCGAGGGAGACUCUGCAAUGCCACAGCAAGACCAGCGCUUACCAGUUUUCCUGCAAGCAAUCUAAGGCGGAAUGCAUAA